GAGCGUAGACGCGGGCGUUGUGAGAGUGUGUGUUUGUGUGUUUCAGUGCCGAAAGGAUAAAGCCAGGAUAUACCAAAAGCGACUAUAUGUGCAGGCAAUAAGUGGCCGACGACUCUAGUGCUAUCCGAAAACAAAGAACAACAUCCAACCCAAAACAACCCAAAACAACCCAAAACAACAAAAAACAAAACAAGAGACAGAGAAAACAUUGAGCCAUGCAAACAGUAAAGGUCUGCACGCUGCUGGCGUUCUUCCUCGUCCUCGUCUCGGCCAGAGGCAGCAAGCGAAGGGAUGGCACCCUCACGAUAACCGACGACGAGCGGCGGAACAUCGAGGACUUUCUGCUGGCCAAGCUGAAGCAGAACUGCAGGCAAGAGGAUGACCGUGCCUGCAGGAUGAUCAAGAUGUCCAUUGUUAUGAAUCACCUGUACCUGAAUACUCGCCUGGACCUGGGCGACCGAGUGAAGGUCACGGAGAACUGGAACAUCUCAAUGGUACCAGAUGACCCGGAGGUCAACCAGCUGCUGGCACGUUCCAUGGGCUCCGAUGAGGAGACCUUUGCCCUGCUGAUGGCAAACAAAAUGUGGAAAUACAUCCGGUCACGUUCGCUGCGCUAUAAGUUCACGGACAAUGCCGACUUUGUGAUGAACAGCGAUCCGGAGGGCAGCCUCAACAUCGGCGUCUCCGUGCGGCCCCUGGAGGCGCUACAGGAGGGUCGCGGCAAGAUGAAGAACAUGGGUCCCAUGCUCAUGAUGAUGGCGGCCAAGACGGGCAUGGUCGGCGCCCUGCUGCUCAAGGGUCUCUUCCUGCUCGCCGGAAAGGCUCUAAUUGUGUCAAAGAUUGCCCUGCUGCUGGCCGUCAUUAUAUCGCUGAAGAAGCUCCUCUCCAGCAAGAAGACGAUUGUCGAGGUGCCCUCGCACCACGACAGCUACAGCUCGGGCUGGGCGCGUGCCUUCGAUGGCUUCGUCGAGGGACUGGUGGAUGUGCCGGCCGAUAUUCUGGCCAAAGAGAUGCAGCAUCAGCAGGAAUCGCACGCCCAGGACAUGGCCUACAGCGCCCAGCAGCCGGCCAAGGUGGCGCAAUAAAACUGGCUCAAGUGCAAUUAACUUGUUAUUUAUGUUAUUGGAUCAGGAAUGAACUAAAUUGGGUUUUCUGCUUAACAACAACAACACA